UAAUCAGUGAAUACAAGCUUUUGCCUUUUGCCUUGUAUUGCCCUUUUAUAUUUUUUUGGUUCUUCAGAGAAAAAUACCUGCGGGAGGUAAAGCAAACAAGCAAAAACCAAGUUUCAUGGCGUCGAAGCGGAUCUUGAAGGAGCUCAAAGAUCUCCAGAAAGAUCCCCCUACCUCUUGCAGUGCAGGCCCAGUUGCUGAAGACAUGUUUCAUUGGCAAGCAACAAUUAUGGGUCCUCCUGACAGUCCAUAUACUGGUGGAGUGUUUCUUGUGACUAUUCAUUUUCCUCCGGACUAUCCUUUUAAACCACCUAAGGUUGCAUUCAGGACAAAGGUCUUUCACCCCAAUAUUAACAGUAAUGGUAGCAUCUGUCUUGAUAUUUUGAAGGAGCAGUGGAGUCCUGCUCUUACCAUAUCCAAGGUGUUGCUCUCGAUCUGUUCGCUGUUAACAGACCCAAAUCCUGAUGAUCCUUUAGUUCCUGAGAUUGCGCACAUGUACAAGACCGACAGGAACAAGUACGAGACAACCGCAAGGAGCUGGACCCAGAAGUAUGCUAUGGGUUAAGGUUGCCGCUAGAGCCGUGUGUGAAGGGGAGGGUUGCUUUCUCUGAGUCAUUGGUCUUGUUUUUUAUAUGUAUGAAAGAAAAUGUGGUCCUUUCUUCACGGAUUUGGACCUCAAGGAAGAGUUUUCAAUCCUGCCCUUCUUAGAACACAAAUUGCUUGAAAAUUUAAAUUGUUUGUACCGCAGAAUUGUCUUUAAAUAUAAAAGAAACUUGUUUCUUUUCA